AUGGCACCACAGCAAGCACGCCCGACGGUGAGCCUCACACACAGCAUUGGUGCGGAACCGAUCACCCCUCCUACAACACCUCCACUGGCUUUUCCCAAAGCCGAUUCCAAAUCGGGACUCUCGAGAAUCCUGCGACGCUCGCGCUCAACGAGGUCGAAGCAUGGAGACAGUCAGACCACGACUCCGAUGAUCAAUUCUAGACCCUCGGUGGCUGAGAUGAAAGCCCCAUUUCCCCUUCUUCUUCCGCAGUCUCCUUCCCUUACAGAAGAUGCUCCCUCCGUCACAGCUUCGUCGUCAAGUCUACGCCGAAUGUCCAUAAGCUAUAAUAGCCUCCGUGCUCUCGCCCAACAACAUGCCGCUUCGAGCCCCGCCAGGAGCUUAUUGCCGAGUCCCAUUACAAGAGAGCCGCACAACGAUGGACAGUCAUACUUCAUGUUUCAGGAUUCUUGGGAGCAAACGUCGACUUCUAAGGAAGAACUUGUCGACAACUUACAGAUUGUGUCACACUAUUGCAACGAGGAACCGGCCGAAAUUUCGAACGAUACCCCUUCCAUUCGCGAUUUUGCAUCAAGCGACGAUGAGCAAAGCACGGCAUCCGAGUCCGUACCCGUCACGCCUUCUGACCACGGCUAUCCAGAAGCAUUCUGCUCCAGCGAGUCCGGAUGGCUGGCAAACACGACCUCUCGUGACGAACGUCAGCGAAGAUUCAAGUCAAGGUAUUACCAAGUCGUCCAACGUCCUUGGACAGAGGGAUGCACUGAAGGUGGGGACGAAGAAGUGAUGGUUGCCACGAUCCUGGUUGGGCUCGGCAAGCCAAAGAUCGUGCAAAUCCACCGUCCCUCUUCGAGGCCAACAAGCCCGUCAUCCCCCGUCAAAUAUCAACCUGUCCCUACAACACCAGUACAGCCACCUGCAGAGGUUUCCGCAUUCAGCCCUUAUGACACCCCAGGCGACGUACCUCUACUAGAGUCCCAGCUGUGCAAAGCAGUCAGCCCGCGUCCAGAUAUUGCCACAACAUCACCAAGCAGUCUUAUACCCCCGCCUCUGCGCCUUACGCGGCGUAUGUCCAGCAUAUCAGACAGUAGUAUAUUCAGCGCCACUCUGCAACGAUUGCAUGGGUUGGGCGACCCCUUUACGAUGUCACCACGGAGGUCUCGAAGCAGUGGCACUUCGUUAUCGUUCUCCUCAAGGUGGACAACAGCACAAGCACCAACUAAAAGGGACUCGUAUCAGUGCGUGUCUCCUACCCACAAAGUUGCAAUGUGGUCGAAAUGCCGGAGGGUAGAAAGAGCCAUACGGGCUGUUACCAGAGCCGUCGACAGUUUCCCUGACGGCAUGCUUCGUCUGGAUUCUCCGCCGAUUCUUGAUAUCAGACGUGCAGGCGUUUCAGAUCGUACAUAUAUUGAUGCUUUCCACAAGAUAUUUCCAAUGGCGCCAGCGCUGCUACUUUCUGCGCUGACCGCAUGGAUCCUUGUAGACAUCUACUUCUCCGACUUGAAGGAUCAGAUGAGGCCAAUGGAGCGAGAUCGGGCUCGUACGGAAGCCCUGAAUGAAGGUCUGCACCGAAUACCUGACAAGGCUAGAGAAAUGUUAGCUAAAUGA